AUGUCGUGGAAGAAAAGUGCUCAAUUGAUGGAUACCAUCAAGCAUUACUCCAACUUCCCGGCGACURGCGUGAGUCUACGGCAGAUGGUACAGUUUGGGAGUAAUCCCUCGACUGGAACUCUCUUCCGCGCCUCCCAAUUCCUCUCCGAAGAGCUUCCCAUUCGUCUGGCACAUCGCGUACAAGAGCUGAGCGAUCUACCGGAUGGGUUGAACGAUAUGGAGAGCAUAAAACGCGUGCAGGACUGGUAUGCGCAGUCGUUUGAGGAAAUCACAACCCUCUCGAAGCCCAAUCUCAGCUCAGAGAUCAAAGAGCGUCUCUCGAAACCCGCAAGACAAAACGGCAAAUCCCGCAUCCUCAGCGAAACCACCCACAAUCCUAGUAUACGACCUGGACAGUACAAGUCGGACAUCAAGGGUCUUACGAAUGGCGAGAAUGGAGAAAACGGGGCAAGCAACACACAGAGAAAGGCAAUCGCGGCACGGCGGUAUUUCACAGCCGCAGACGACGGCGACUGGCCUCCUGAAUUGAACGAUUACAACACUCGUUUCGCACAGACUUUGGAGAAGAUCAAGAGACGGCACGAUAGUGUGGUGACGACAAUCGCUCAAGGAAUUCUCGAGUACAAGCGCAAGCGACAACGGAUGCAGAUCGACCAUAACAUCCAGGCUUUCCUGGAUCGAUUCUACAUGUCACGGAUAGGCAUUCGUAUGCUGAUCGGUCAGCAUAUCGCUUUGACCGACCAGAGGUCACAAAAGGAUCCCAAUUAUGUUGGAAUCAUCUGCACCAAGACAAAUGUGAAGGAUCUGGCAACUGAGGCGAUCGAGAAUGCACGUUUCGUGUGUGAGGACCACUAUGGACUUUUCGAUGCACCCAAAGUAARGCUGGUAUGCCCUAGUGAUCUCAACUUCAUUCUUCGAGCUGUGGUGGAACGACAUGGCGCAGAAAAAGAGGAGUUCCCCGUCACACAGGUCAUCAUCUCCGAGGGACGAGAGGACAUCACCAUAAAGAUUAGUGACGAAGGUGGUGGCAUCCCCAGAAGCAGUAUCCCUCUGGUGUGGACGUACAUGUACACCACCGUUGACCAAACACCGAACCUGGACCCUGAUUUCAAUAAGAGUGACUUCAAGGCACCCAUGGCUGGAUUUGGUUACGGACUGCCGAUUUCGAGAUUAUACGCGAGGUACUUUGGAGGUGAUCUGAAGCUUAUCUCAAUGGAAGGAUACGGCACGGAUGUCUAUCUACAUCUGAACCGUCUCAGUUCCAGCUCGGAGCCGUUGCAGUGA